UCGAACGGUCAAGAUGGGUACGAAACGAAGCAAUCUAUUCCUACUGAUGACCAUUCUAGUGGUCAGUGCCGAAGCAGUCCAAUUUAAUACGGAAACGGGACUUUUCAUGAAAAUAAAUCAAGCAGCGAAGGUAGAACAGAAUACACCAGAAAACGCUGGACCUCCCACUGCUAGUGAAACUGGUGACGACCUUACGCCGCAACUUGUGAAACGACAAGCCGUGGACAAGCCGUCAGAAGAAUCUUCCGAAGGAAGCACAACCGCAGCUCCAAAAGAAAAGCAAAAGUCCAGCGUGCCGCUUCCUCCUCCACCGGGCCCAGCAUUUCCCAUCUUGCCAGCAACAUUUCCUUUCCCGAUGAUAGAACCGGUUCAGAGCCCACCAAUACCAACCAAGGCCCGUAAGCGAAUUCAUCGCCGUAGAUCCGAGACUCCGAUUGCCUGGGUACCAGUAGACCUUCUAGAUCUUCAACAGGCUGCCAAUGCUAUGGAGAAGCUCCUAGACUUACCGAUUGAGGAGAACAGCAGAAGAUUUUCUUGUCAAAUGGAAUGAGGGCGAAUGAAACGAAGUUGUAAAAUGGGUGCAAGAAAUUGUUAAUCCAUUUCUAUUUUAUCGGACUUAAAUCAUACAUAGCUUUUUUGUGUCAAUGCAAUUUUAUGUUCGAAGGAAAAAAUAAAAUAUUGAUCUAUUGGGGUGUAUUAUUUCGA